AUGGCCGAGAAUGUUAAGCCCCUUCAGAUUGCAACUACCUCACAAUCCUCAGAUGAUUCCAUCCUUCCUUCAAAGCAAUUAACACAAACACUAAACGACUCAGCAUCGGCAGGAAGUCCAAUCACCUCAAUUGAUAAAGAACAAGAAACCCCACAGAUGCCCGUGGAAAGAAAACAGAUACCACUUCGCGACUGCAAAAUUUCAUUCGCAAUGGACACAUCUGGGAGCACUCUUGGGGAGGUCCUUCGAAGCGAACGCGAGGGGGUCCAAGAGAUUUGGUCGCUCCUCAAUCCGGUCAUCUCUGUUUCUCAUAUCAACUCUCUCCAUUCUUAUGGGGGGACCGAUCCUUCGGUCUUAUUAGACCAUAAGCCCGGUCUUAUUGAACUGAAAAACUCAGACCUGUGGUUUUUGUUCACUGACGGCGAGAUUCCCAAUGAACGCCUAGAAAUCUUCGCCGACGAAGUUUCUUACCACGAGCUCCAUGGCACCGCUUGUGUCGUCGUCGUUGUCGGUACGAGACAAGGCCUACCGUCGUAUUGUAACGACGUCAAUUCGGGCAAACUCCAUAUCCUUCAGUGCAAGGGUCGGUUUAUAGAAAUCUUAGAAAGAGCCCGGCUCCAACAGCCAGUGCUCGAUGACAAAGCCAGCUGGGAAGACCUCCCGCAGAUGACCUGGAGAGAUCUAAUCUGCGUGUCUUUUAUCCCAUCACAAAAGCUGAAAAGAGAUGAGAUCAUGCUGGAGGCAGAUCUUGUAGUGAAUCUAGACGACUUAUUUUCAGAUCGAUUAAAGGGCCGCUCCAUUAUCGACCGAAUUCUGCAGAGCAGAGAGCAAGUCCGAACUAAUUCGUUAACCGCACGAAGUCGCGACCAGGGAGAGAUUCUUCGAAACUGGGCCAUCAGACAAGAACUCGAUCCUGAGGAUUUCUCACUGAUCGAGAGACCAGCUGUUGGGGAUCGGGCUAGGCAGUCAAUAACGACCAUCUUCAAUACCAUGCAGGCUUCACCUGGCCUGAGUGGGGAGGCAUUUGCUAAAUUGCGAGCUGCAAACUCGAGGAAUUCCGAGGCUUUUGAAUCAGCCAAGAAAGAUCAAGCUCUUCUUAUCACAGUCGCAAUCGAGUUUGGGACGGUUGCCCCUACUGGCGAUACUAUCAUCUGUGCUUUACCACUAGUAUCCUAUUCAAAAAACAAGGAUGCUUAUAUUGCUCAGCUGGACAAAGCCUUUCAAAAUAGGUUUGAAAGCAAUGACACUGCCCUUGUUUUCGUGGCAGUUUUGUUUACGACCGCCUCCAGAAAGAGCAUCAGCAACAAUCCGAAUGGACAACAACUACUUGGCGCCUUGAAAUGGGCACGGCGAGAUUUAGCACAGUCAGUCACUUGCGUGACUACUUUAAGUCCAGCUUUGGCGACUGAUGGUUGCGUAGAGGUCCGAAGCAAACUAUGUGACAGCUUAAUGCAAGCCUCAAAGGACGCUUUGCGAUCGGAUACUGGCUGUUACUAUCAAUACCCAAUCGAGGGAUUUGUCGUCAUGACAAGGAUUAUGGAUGGCCUCCAACAGACGAAGCCUCAAGUUCGAUUGACUAUCAAGAAGACUGUUUUUCAAAGAUUCUUGUUCCACAUCACAGAGCAGUUCCAUAACCACCUUGCCACUGAAGGUCCAAUAAUCACCCAUCUAUUGAUGUCACAGUUGACAAUCCUAGGUGAUAUGAAAAGAGAUGGGUCUCCGCGACCCGUGGCAGAAAAGAAGACAUCGUUCCGGACACUUGCAGGCCUGACAAAGAAUCUCUUUGGUGACCGCAAAUCCCUCACGCGCAGGCAAUCCUUGAAACCCCUUUCUUCAGUCAAUAUAGAUGGAUGA